AUCAUGAUUAGGGACGUAUUCGUUCUCAACUCAGUGCUUUCGAUUGAUUAUGAAUGCAACACUUAUAUGACAAAAUCAAGGAGUCUUGACCGAACCAGAUUUCGCUAUGAAACUUCAAAAAGAUCAACUAAUACGACAUGGAUGACGCGUUCAUUUCAGAUGCAUUUUCAAAAGAGUUACGAUGAGGAUUUUUACGAAUUUCCAUUGGACGGUAGUGUUACAUCGAGUUUGAAGAAUUUCACAACGUUCUGUCGAAUCACCAAAGAGAAAGUGAAGUGUUGGGAGGAGCAGUGUCAUUUGCAACGACAGAGUAUUCCGUGGACAACCGAUGUGCACAUUUGUCUAUUCAGAAGAAAGCAAUUCGAAGACUCACUCGACUGCCUCAAGUAUGUGAUGCAGUUCGUUAAAUCCAUCAUAAAUCAUCGCUUCUCGAUGGAAACCAAUUGUCUGAUUACUUUUGAGAAAAUUGAGAAUUCAGCCGAAAAGAAAUAUUUGUCGAAUCUUCAUUUGAGCGCUUCAAACAUACAUCAAUACCAUCAACUCAAUAAACAAUGCUACUUCCAAAUAUGUCAACUUAAAUGCAGAGUUUGUCUUUCAACUUCUCUUUUUUUUUCUAAAUCCUGCUAA